CCUGACACAUUGUUUGUGUUGUCAUAGUUUUCAUGUUUUUCACCAGAGAAAACGCGCACGUUAAGAUAGUCUAAUUUUAGAUAAUUAAAUUAAAAAGCUGUACGUGAUGAAUGUAGCUGUGGAGAUGGAAAACAAAACCACAGUCACACAGUUCCCAUCUGAGGAAAUAAUUGUCGAUAUUCAAAAUAUAGUUUUGCUACAGGAAAGUAAGGUUACCGAAGAAACCAUUGGAAGCCAGGACGACAGUGCCAUUGCUACCGAAGAUGCCGAAAGUGCAGAAAGUUCUACUGAAGACGAAAAUGAGAAUAAGUUAAAUCUUGUCCAACGAUCGGAAACGUUCUACAAAGAUGCUCGAACAUAUUGGAAGGCAAUACCAGCCACAAUUGAUGGAAUGCUGGGAGGAUAUUCAAACAUAAACGUCACAGAUGUUCGAGGAUCACAAGAUUUUCUGAAGGACGUAUUCAAGAUGAAACCAUCACCGAACAAAAACGUUGCCCUAGAUUGUGGAGCUGGAAUCGGCCGAGUCACAAAGCAUUUACUGAUUCCAAUAUUUAACACUGUGGACAUCGUCGAGCAAGACGAACAGUUCGCUAACUCGGUUCGGGGAUAUGUCGGAAAUACCACCAAAUUGGGAACGAUCUACAAUCAAGGGCUACAGGAAUUCCAACCGAAAUCGAUGCGUUACGAUGUAAUUUGGAGUCAAUGGGUGCUGGGACAUUUGACCAACGACGAUUUUGUAAAAUUCUUCGAACGGUGCAGCCAAGCUUUGAACAAAAAUGGCAUCAUCGUUGUCAAAGAGAACAUAACAUCAACCGAUAUGGUGGUCAUUGAUGAAGUGGACUCAUCUGUGACCAGACCGUUGCAAAUGGUCAAAGCGCUGUUAGCUCAAAGCGGUCUGAGAAUUGUGAAAAUGGUACGGCAGAGCAAUUUCCCGGCGGCAAUAUUUCCGGUUUAUAUGUUUGCGAUGAAACCGGUUAAACGAAGUCAUUAGUGAUGAAUAGAUAAGUGUAACAUCCCCUAACUAACAUUAAAUUAGUUUAUUUUUCUGCGCUGUUAUGAAUGCUUGUUCGAAACAAGAAAUAAAAAUUUUAUUAAUCGGAAA